AUGUCGCCGCCGGCGAGCCACCGCCGCCAUUCUCGGCUCCUUAACUGGCCGCUGCUGUUCGUCGCGAUCCUCGCGGUCCAUUCGCUGGCAGUAUACCUCUUCACCCGCGGCUUCCUCCUCACCCGCACCGAGCUCGACCUCCACAGCAGCCGCGACGACCUCUCGCCGCAGGGCGACGUCUCCCCCGGGUGCGCCUCCUGGCCCCCGGCCGCCGUCGACCGCCUUGUCAUCGUCGUCCUCGACGCGGUGAGAUUUGAUUUCGUGGCGCCGAGUACCUUCUUUUCAGAGAAGCAGCCGUGGAUGGACAAGCUGCAGGUCUUGCAGAAGCUUGCUGCCGAUGAAAAGACCUCUGCAAGGAUCUUCAAAGCACUCGCUGAUCCACCAACAACUAGCCUCCAGCGCCUUGAGGUAGAUAAUGGUGUAAUUGAGCACUUGCUUCCAUCUCUUCACAAAAAUGAUUGGGAUGUUCUUAUUGCACAUUUUUUUGGUGUGGACCAUGCAGAGCAUAUAUUUGGUGUUGACUCAACUCCGAUGAUCCAGAAGUUGGAGCAAUACAAUCAGAUCCUGGAGGGUGUUAUUGAGACAUUGAGAAGUCUAUCCAAACCUGGCGGUACCCAUGAGAAUACUUUGCUUUUGGUAAUGGGUGAUCAUGGUCAAACCCUGAAUGGUGACCAUGGAGGGGGAACUGCUGAAGAGGUUGAAACAUCGCUGUUUGCAUGGAGUCCAAGGACCCCACCAGAUGCAGUCUUAUCUGUUCUUGAUGAUAGUUCGUGCAAUGUUGAUCUGCACGGGAAAGAGGUCUGUGUAAGCACUAUGCAGCAGCUUGAUUUUGCGGUGACUAUAUCAGCACUUCUUGGCAUACCCUUUCCCUUUGGAAGCAUUGGCCGCGUAAACCCAGAAUUGUAUGCCUUGAGUACUGUGACAUGGGUAAAUCAAAGGAUGGGUACCAAUGCUUGUACCUCACAGGAUGAUCUAGAAGCAUGGAUGGGGAGAUAUGCUGAAGUUCUAUGUGUAAAUUGCUGGCAGGUAAAGAGAUAUAUUGAUCAAUAUUCUGCUACUUCCGUUAUUGGAUUUCCAUUAGAAGACCUGCAACAUAUCACAGACCUAUAUUCAAGAGCUCAGGAAAAUUGGUCAGCUUCUCUGAUAACUAGUUCAUCAGAGACAGGUAGUCAAGAAAAAGUAGAGGGGAAAGGUUCAGUUCUGCUGCAGCAAAUUGAUGCAUACAAUGACUUCUUGCAGAGUUUUGCAAAGCUCGCUCGCUCUGCUUGGACAGAACUUGAUUUAUGGUCAAUGGGCGUUGGUCUUUUACUUAUGAUAUUAUCAGUUAUCAUUCAGGCAUCCACGCUUAACUUAGUUUUUCUUCUUUUAAAUAUUUUCACACGGUUUGGAAUUGAGGUUGGGAUGUCAAAACAAUUGCCUGCGCCAACAAUUACAAAGGAUCACCCUGUGAGCGUCUUUUGUAAAAUCCUUGGUGUUAAUUCUUGCAACAUCCUCUUGGAGCUAUUCCCCAUCAUAUCUCUAGCCUUUGUGGCUUAUAUUAUGUUGAAGUGCCUAUCCCGUGCAAUCUGUCAGAGGUUCUUGAAGUACUUUCUUUUGUGUGGAACGAUGGUGAGUUAUUUAUCUAUAGCGUUUCAUUGGGCUUCAGAGACUACUUUGUUUUCUCAUGCUGGGACUGUUCAAGAAUUUGGAAGAAGUUUAGCUCCUCGCAUUGUUUACGCUAUCGGAGGUCUAUCACUAGCCAUUUCUGCAUUUUCUUGGAUAUUUGGUCCAACUGUUCAUUUGAAGAUGAACAAAAGGAUAAUUAUUUUAUCGGCUGUCAUGCUUUGUUCUUGGAGUCCAACUAUUUUGAUCCUGUUGGGAAGGCAAGGUCUGUUUGUGGCAUUAAUUUGCAUGACAGGAGCUUGGUGUAUCGUAAAAUUGCAACAGAAACAUCAGAGAGAGUCAGAACUCUCUGUUGCUGACCCUGUUUCAGUGAUUCAGUGGAGCCUUCUUGCAGUUUGUCUAUUUUAUCUGACAGGUCACUGGUGUACAUUUGAUGGCCUCCGAUAUGGUGCAGCUUUCAUUGGUUUUGAUCAUUUCCAUAUCAUUCGACAAGGCUUUCUACUUUCCAUUGACACCUUUUGUGUUUCUCAUAUCCUGCCAAUUCUAAGCCUUCCAUUUAUUGCCAUAGUGUGGUACAAUACCACAUCCAAGGACAACGAACUGAAGGACGUCAUUCUCAACAAUAUUAAUAAGGUGCUCUUGAUGUAUGUUCUUAUAACAGCAAUCACUGCUACGCUAACAAUCAUAUGCGUUGCUAUUCAAAGGCGUCACUUAAUGGUUUGGGGUUUGUUUGCUCCAAAGUACGUAUUCAAUGCAAUUGGCCUUCUUCUCACAGACUUGUUAAUUUGUUUAGCAUCAAUCUACUACAGCUGA